AUGGAGAUCACUCCAUCAGAUGUUGACAUGGGAGCAUUCAAUUUGGAGAUUGCACCAACGAUCGAACCUCAUAAUAUAGACCCCAACUUGUUUAAUGACGUGCUAGGGUUUGGGAAAACCCUUCCAGGCCAAGAUACAGGAGCCAUCUCAGGAACUUCAGGCAGCACAAACUCUCCAUCGCUGACAGAUAUCGUGAACGCUCUGGACUCUCCGCCCCCGCCCCCAUCUUUUUGUCUCAAGCCAAAAACAAAGUGUCCCAAAGCAUGCUAUGCAGAUAUACACGAUAUGAGCGGCAGCGUGGAUGCUAUAACAAAGAGCCCCGGGCAGACGCCCCUAGAUGAGAUUCUAUCAUUAUUCCAGCGCGUCUUCCACCAAUCUGCACAGUAUCUCGCUUGCCAGAAUUGCGACACAGGCUGUCUUCGCCACAUCAAUCUCGUCAUGCUUCAUCAACGGCAGGUCAAUCUUUUGAGCGAACUUGCAGAGGACCCAAAAGAAUAUCUCAGGAAUCACAUGACACAAACUAUGCUUGGAGAGUUUCAGGUAUCGAAGCAAGAUGAUAUCGCGAUAAAGCAGUUGAUGGUUAGACAGGCGACGAGAGAUGUGAGAAUCUCGGUGGAUGCUGAUUAUGAAAGCGCCACAGGGUUUCAAGAGAGGUAUAUCGCAGGAACAUUAGAUUUGAGUGAUACGGGCAAGCUUAAUGUGAAGUGGUUGGUGGAGGUUUCAGAGAAUCUUAGGAGGACGCUUGAAUAUGUGAGGGUUCUGUUGGAGAAAGAUGAUUGGGCGACCAAGCUGCCAGAUUCUUAA